AUGAGAGAUAGAGCGUGGUCGACGCGUAACCUCUCAGCUGGCGUACCAGCGAACACUGUCAGCGAUGGCACGGCUGUUGCAUGUAGACGAGGAAAGAAUAGAGGCAAAGGGAUAUGCACCCGCAUUUGCCGCCGCUUCCAUUACGACACGCACCGUUGCCAAUGCUUCUCGCCGUCGCAGUGGCCACGACGGGCGCUUCUCUUUCAAUAUGGCGAAGCGCGAAACAGUGCGCUUAACGCCUUGCGACGGCUGACUCCGAAUCAUUUCAGCGUGCUCGCUGCGGCAGGGGAUAUGUGGCCAUCGCUUUACUGA